CGUCCCUCUGAAUCAACAAAGAACUGUGCAUAGCAAGCAGCGAGUCCUAAAUUAAAAUGCAGUGAUUACUCAUAUGUAUCAUUGUUUUUAAUUUAAGAUUUCGACUUGCAUUUUACUAUCGUGAGGAAAAUGGCCGUCUAUGAGAAAUCGCAUGAAGAGACCAAAAGGAGAGUGCCGUUAUACCCUGGAUUUCCGGAGUUGGCGCGGUCAGAUGUUAGCGUACAUCCUACAUAUUCCAAAUUGGCUCUGGCAUAUCGAGUGGUCUGCCGACACCGUUAUCACUGGGCGAGUGUAGCACAGCGCAAGCAAUUCAUGAAGGAGUUACAUAGUUUUGAGAGGCUGCAGCCAAACGCCCUAGAUGGAGUACGUGUGCACAGGGAAUUCUCUCAAGGAAUCCUCUCUCACAAAAUACCCCCACGACGGUACAUACAAAAACUAACGCCAGACCCGCUAAACUCACACCAGAGGAUGCGAGUUGAAGAAAUAAUUAGCGGGAGAGUUAAUUUCCGUCAGAAAUAAAGACCAAAGAAUAAGAGAUUAAUAAGAUGUUGCCAUAUUAAAAAUUCUGACUUCA